AUGCCGGACAUGGCCGGACUGACUGAGGUCAGGGGCGAGUUUCUAACGAAAUUCGCCACCCUCGAUGGGGUCGUCGACGAGAACGGCGACUCUGUCGACGGGGUCGUCUAUGUUCCGGAUGUGCGGAAAAUCAGUUUAAUCGACCGUCGAAUGAUCGUGUCACGGAAACGUACACGAAACAUGUUCGACUUGACUAGUUCUUGGAAAAGAAUGGUGUUCCAGAAGUUGGACGAACGUGUACUUGAUGAACGGGAUCCGGACGCCGCAAGGCAACCGGAACCGGGACCCUCGGCCCCGCAAGUACAAGCCACUACCCUGAGAGCAGAGGCACGCAUCCGAGAUCGGAUAGCGCAAAAUCAAGGAGGAAAUCCUCGAAUCAUCGGUCAGUCUGAUGACGUGAUCAUCCUGCAUCAGCGUUCGCCUUCCCCGAACAAGCCGUUUUUCGGCUAA